AUUUUAUUGAUGCAUAUUUAUCCUCAAGUAUGCCUACGGCUUUGUUAUUUCCCAUUCACUCCCUUGACUCGUUUUGUUCUCAUAUACUAUUGGAGAACUUGGGGCAUUUUUGAGUAAUCGAGGAGGCUGCCUCUGUUGGGCUUGCUUUGGUUUCUAGAUCAAUCUACAGAUAUCAAGAAGUUGUUUCUUGGGCGUAAUUUGUUUCUCAUAAAUUGGUUUCUCUGUGGAUUUUUUAUUUUUUUAGUUUUUUUACUUUGUUUUGUAAUGCUGAUCAUGUAUGGAUUGGAUUUUGUUAGGUACUGUGGGUAUUGAUUUGGUUGAAUAUUGGGGAAAGAUGGUUGAGUGAAAAGAGAAUUGUUCUUGAUUCUGUAUACGUUUAUUUGCUUCUUUAAUAAUUCUGGAUUAAUCUAUGAUUGUGUUUUACUUAGUUCUGUGUUGAUGUUUGGUGUAAUGGUUGCUUUCUUGAGAUGAAAUGGUAUGAUUUUACUAGGAUUAAAUUAGCUUGAAAUAUAGGGAUCUUGCCUUUUUUUGAGCCAAUAUAUUUAUCUGAGGGAUUGUUUGUUGAGACUGCUAGGCAAUCUUGUUUUUCUAAAUUAGUGCCUCGCCGUCUUAGAUCACAAUGUAUUCAUGUGUUUUAAGUUGCUAUCUGCCUUUAAUCGGAUGAAAUUCUGCGAGUUUUAUUUGUUCUUAUGUGUUUUUUCAGAGAUUAAUUGCCUAGAAUACUAAUGGUUAGCGAUACGUCCAAUGCCGAAUCAACUCAUCAUAGAGCUGGUCUGUUGAAAGAUCAAGUUCGAGUGGUUAAGAGGAAGGGCACGGAUCGCUAUGAGAUUGCUCCCAUUCCUGAUAAUUUGUCAUUUGAGAAAGGUUUCUUUGUUGUGGUGCGUGCGUGCCAGUUGCUGGCGCAAAGGAAUCAUGGUCUUGUAGUGGUCGGCAUAGCCGGUCCAUCUGGGGCUGGAAAGACUGUGUUUACUGAAAAGAUUAUCAAUUUUAUGCCGGACAUCGCUGUCAUUUCAAUGGACAAUUAUAAUGAUUCAAGUCGGAUUAUUGAUGGUAACUUUGAUGAUCCUCGUUUGACUGAUUAUGAGACCUUGCUGAAAAACAUUCAUGAUCUGAAGGCAGGGAGGCCGGCUGAAGUCCCAAUAUAUGAUUUUAAAUCCAGCAGUCGCACAGGAUACAGGACAGUUGGAGUCCCAAGUUCCAACAUUUUGAUUAUAGAGGGAAUUUAUGCUCUGAGUGAAAAAUUGCGUCCUCUGCUGGAUCUUCGGGUCUCUGUGACAGGCGGCGUGCACUUUGAUCUUGUUAAACGUGUUUUACGUGACAUUCAACGUGCUGGACAAGAACCGCAAGAAAUAAUACAUCAAAUAUCCGAAACGGUGUAUCCAAUGUAUAAGGCUUUUAUUGAGGCUGACCUCCGUAAUGCACAUAUAAAAAUUCGCAAUAAAUUCAAUCCAUUUACCGGAUUCCAGAGUCCUACUUAUAUACUGAAGUCGAUGAGGAAUGUGACAGUGGAACAAGUCAAGUCAGUCAUGUCUGAGGGACAUUCAGAAAGUACAGAGCAGACGUACGAUAUUUAUCUUCUACCACCUGGCGAAGAUCCAGAGACCUGCCAAUCUUAUUUGAGGAUGCGCAAUAAAGAUGGAAAAUAUAAUCUGAUGUUUGAGGAAUGGGUCCUCGAUCCUCCAUUUGUCAUCUCUCCAAGAAUAACUUUUGAAGUCAGUGUUCGGCUCCUUGGUGGAUUAAUGGCCUUGGGAUACACUAUAGCAGCCAUACUCAAAAGAAACAGCCAUGUCUUUACAGAUGAAGGGGUUUCAGUGAAAAUUGAUUGGCUGGAACAAUUAAACCGCCAUUAUGUUCAGGUGCAAGGUAGAGAUCGCCUUGCCGUGAAAAGUGUAGCUGAUCAACUGGGGUUGGAAGGUUCUUACAUUCCAAGAACUUUCAUCGAGCAAAUUCAGAUAGAGAAACUCAUCAAUGAGGUUAUGGAACUGCCAGAAGAUUUGAAAUCCAAACUUAGCAUAGAUGAGGACUGUGUCUCAAGCCCGAAGGCAACAAUUUCUCGUCCCUCAGCAGCAACCAAAAUCAAGAAUCUUAGAAGUGGCAUGUCACAUUCAUAUUCGACAAACCGGGACAGAAACCUGUCCAAGUUGGAGACUAGGUUUGAGGAUAGGACAGCUGAAGCACCAAUGCCAUUAGCAAAUCAGCUUGCAGAACAGAUUUCCACACUAAAUGAUCGUAUGGAUGUUUUCAUGUCAUGCAUCGAAGGAAUGAACUCCAAGUUGUCAAGCUGGAAAACUACCCCCACUUCACGAAAUGCAUCAUUGCAAGCUGAAGUCUGUAAUGGCUCCGCUCCAACCUCGUACUUCCUGUCUAGUUUAGGGUCUGGUUCUUUAUUACCGAGUUCCUCAUCUUCCCAGUUGGCAAAAGAAUCAUCUUUGACCGAAGAGUUAUCAAGUAUAGUUCGCGGUCAACACCAAGUAAUGCAUCAGCUGGAUGUUCUUAGCACACUCUUACGUGCAAAUUUAGGGGAAAGAUCGGAUAAAAAUAAAGCUGCCAAAAAGAAUCCAUCCAAAACUCCAGUGAUCAUAGCAUCGUUGGCACUUGGCAGUUUGGGGUUUUUUUGCUGCAAGGAUCUUUUGAUCCGGAAAUGAGAAACACCCAAACUAUUACCAUUAGAGAUACCAGUGAUAGUUUCCAUCGCUUACCUCACAGUUUCAGAGCAUUGUCUUGCAAUGCCACCCUUCGAUAAUGGCGAAUCACCUCUCCAGAAUCGAGCAUGUGGUGUGCUUAGGCAAUUUUGCAUUCAUUCGGGAUUCAUUUCUGGAAUCCUUAGAUUUUCUUUUUUGCAUAACAUGUAAUCUGAAACUCUGAUUCAACAUUUGCAAUGACAUUUUUAACUUGAAAGAACGAAAAGUUGAAUUCAUA